AUGGAAGAUGAGCACUUCCACUGCAGCGUGUGUGACGGAGGCGAUUACGACCUAUGCCCUGUCUGUGUUGAUUCUGGUAUCCACUGCCCUGGCAAAGGCCACUGGAUGGUGAAGCGUUUCGUGAAGAAUGGCUGCGUUGUCAACAGCACCACCCAGCGUAUUCCACCAAAGGUCAAAGACGUCGACCACCAAGAGAUUCCAGGAGCCUUUACGGAGGAGAAGCCUGCCGCGGUCUACAGGGAGGAGCCAACCCGCACCUGCAACUGCUGCAUCAAUGUGUUACCUGAAAAGGAAUUUGUGACCUGCGUCGCCUGUGACGAUUACGACCUCUGCCUCGAGUGCCACAUUGCCAACAAGCACGGUCACCACCCAGGCCAUGCUUUCAAGGCAGCCGAAAAGGACACUGUCCUUCCUGCUAUUGCAGAUUACCUUUGCAACUCGGGCCGAAAUGUCCGCCAUGCUGCCGUCUGCGAUGGCUGCGACAAGUUCAUAUAUGGCGUACGCCACAAGUGCUUGAACUGUCCUGACUGGGACUACUGCUCUGAUUGCAUCAAGAACGCCAAGAUAAUCCAUCCUCGCCAUCGUUUCGUUCCCAUUUACGAGCCCUUGGCUGAGCCUCUCAAUAGCGGUAAUCGUCACUGCGGUAUUUACUGCGACGGUCCCCUGUGCAAGGACAAGGAGAACGUGUCAUACAUUGAGGGCACGCGUUACAAGUGUGCGGUAUGCCAUGAUACCGAUUUCUGCCAGAAUUGCGAAGCUCAUCCAAGCAACACACACAAUCACACCCACCCGCUCAUCAAGUUCAGGACAGCCGUGCGCAGCGUAAGUGUCACGACUGUCAAUGAUGACAAGGCAAACCGCGGUUUAGCCAGAAUGGGCGAUCGCAUUCACUCCACCUCCUGCAGCCGAUCCGCCGCAACGGAGACCACACCCGCUGCUCCUUCUACCAAUGCUGCGACCCAAGUGCAGACUAUUGUUGAUUUGAAGCCUUCCAUGGAUGCUCAAGUCAAGAAGGAAAAGAUCACUAUUCGUGACCUACUUGCCGAGCCUGUCGAGCCUACUCAGAUUGCUCCAUGGGCUGCGGAGAGCAGCAUGCCUAUGCCCACGCCUACUAUGCCUAUGGACAUUCCCGUUGCCAAGUCUGAGACUGCUUCUCAGGGUCUUGACGGCCAUUUCGUCCGUGAUACUGUCGUGGAUGGGUCGAAGAUCCAUGCUGGCUUGCAGUUUGUCCAGAAUUGGACCAUGCGCAACCCUGGUCCAAAUGCAUGGCCUGCUGGCUGCAGUGUUCGACACGUCGGUGGUGACAAUAUGCUCAACAUUGACAACACGAGGCCGCUGAGCCAGAUUGAGCUCGCAGAGGCUAGCGAAAGUAAUGUUAUCGGCCGUGUCGUUGAGCCUGGGCAGGAGGUGACGUUCCGCGUCGUCAUGAAGGCUCCACUACGUGAGGGAACCGCCAUUUCUUACUGGCGCCUCAAGACUGCUGAAGGCAUGCCCUUUGGUCACCGCUUGUGGUGCGAUAUCAGAGUUGUACAGGCCCCAACGCCCAUCACUCCUGUGGUCGCACCAUCAACGCUUCCAGAAACUGCUGCUUCAGUUCCUCCCCCGCUUUACGAACGCCUCCUUCAGGCUCGGAUGGAGAGGAUGAGACUUGCACAACAGACGAGUCAACAGUUCCUUGACCAGCAAAGGAAUGAGCGCGCGCAGUUUCAGCAAAUCAAGAUGGAGCGAAUCCAGCGCGUACGCAAGGCCGCAGUCGGGCGUGUCUUGGAGGCCCAACGCAAGGAACGCGAAGAUAUGCGUGCUGCGGAGCUGAAUGCCGAGGCUGAGGCAGCUAUUCCGGAGCCCGCUGCGGAGAUGGCUCCCGAGCCCGUCGCUGAGCUUCAGUCUUCGGGCAUGGUUUUCCCUCGUCUUGACAAGGAAUCUCCAGAGUCUAGUACCUAUGAGAGCUCUACCACCGUCCAGCCUGCGUCGCCUGUAUCUCAGAAGAGCACUGUUGCCCGUACUAUCACUGUUGCUUCAGAUGACGAGUUCUUUGAGGAUGCCGAGAGCGUUGCUCUCCACUCGGACGAUGAGGGCUUCAUGACUGAUGAGGAGUACGACAUCCUCGACGUCAGUGACGAGGAGAUGAUCUAA